AUGAGUCGUGAGCGAGUGCCCCCUCGAAGCUUUCACGCCAACACGCAGUAUGUAUGGAAUGAGCAUGUGCAUAUGACAGGUCGCUCCAGGAGCCGCGACAUUGUCUAUCGGUACAUGUUUGUGCGCAUUCAAACGGGAAACUACGAUACUCUGGAACUUCUUCGCAUAAUGAUUCGAGCCAUUGACCAAAGAACCGCCAUGAUAACCCACCGGGCAGACUGGCCAUGGUAUGGCGAAAUAUACUGGAUCUGCGCAUUCUACCACCAGAGACCGGUGAUGGGAAUAUCAAUGAAAUCUAUGCCAGGUUUCGCGAGGAGAUGUACGAUACCUACAGGGCAUGGCAGACAACAGGCUACGGCUACAAUGCAGGCCCACCCCGGCACUUCCAGCCCCAGCGCCGGCACCAAAACCAUGGACAGGGUUACAUUCAGCCCUACCAGGGCGUGUAUCAAGCACAACGUCCAAGUCGGGGGUAUCAAGCGUAUCAGCAUGACGAAAUGUUUCGCCACGAUCCUCGAUCAGGGGGCAGGUAUCCGCGUGGGCAUGGUCGUGACCGUUAUUAGGUCUAUGAACUGGGCCAAUUUAUAA